CAUGAUAACAAAAUUCUACCAGCACAUCCUGGCCCUGGCAUUUGCUGUAAAAGUGAUAAAUGAGAAUCCCAACAUCUUGCCCAAUGUCACACUGGGGUUCCACAUCUAUGACAGCUAUUAUGAUGCAAGGAUUACUUAUCGUAACGCUCUGAACCUGCUCUUUAAAAUGCAUAGAUUUGCUCCCAACUACAAAUGUGACUCGCAGAAAAACCUCAUAGCCAUAAUCGGAGGACUUAGCUCUGAUACCUCCUUCCAUUUGGCUGAUACCUUAAGCCUCUACAAGAUUCCACAGGUAGGUUUUAUGAGCAGGGACAUCCACAAAUCACACUCAUUUCUUCCCAUUCUGAAAAUGAUUUUAAGACUCAGAAAGUGAAUAUGACUGAUAUUUAAGCAUUACAAGCUGGAAUGUCUAUCAGAAAUGUAGAUUACUUCUUACUAGUAGAGAUUGCUACACCAGUGAAAGUCUGAGUCAGGCAGAGAUCAUUCAGCACCUUGGACACUUCCAACACCUCCAUCACGUGCCUCACAUUAACUGCAAGAUAAGUUGUUUCUUCAAGGAACCGGGUUGAACUGAAGACUUACAAAGCUCACCAUAGACUUUGCCUCUUUGGGGAGCCUGGAUAACCGAUUAAAGGGUCCUAAAUUAUUUUGCACAAUUAGACAUCUGCAGGGCUAGAGAGGUUCUGUAUGUUACUCAUCAUCUGACUCAGAUAACUAUAAGGAGAUGUAUCCUCCAUCCAAUGUAGCUCUGAAUUACCAGGAGAUGUUGGUAGUUCUCCUGCCAUGAAAAUAAUACAUUUUAAGUUUCCUGCCGUGCACUCUAUUGCCCCAUUCAUAAAUCAUGACAAAUCAUUCUCCUUUGAAGAGACCCCAGAGAGCCAGCCUGUACCCUGGCAUCCACAAAACAACCACCACAAACACACACACAACACCUUAAACAUGCAAACCACAGGUCUUCCAUAGAUAAGUAUCACCACAACUCCAGAAACUGGAAGCAUCCUGAAACUUGAAGCAUCCUGAAACUUGACGCAUCCUUCAAUUUAACUGUCUGGAAAACUACCAAUUGUGUCAAGAAACAUUUCUUGAAUGAACAGCCAAAUGCUAAAAGUAAUUGUUUAUACUUAUCUUUAUAAUGUCUGUUCUUUUCCUGUUAGCUUGCAUAUGGUUCAUUUCCGCAAGAGGAGAGUGAUAUAGAUCGUUUGCUUUCCUUUUACCGCAUGGUGCCCAAUGAAGCUCAUCAGUAUAUGGCAAUUAUCAGUUUGCUUCAGCAUUUUGGAUGGACAUGGGUUGGACUCUUUGUUACGGAUGAUGAAGGAGGAGAAAAAUUAUUGCAAGCCCUGGAGCACUUGUUCUACCAGCAUGGGAUCUGUUCAGCCUUCACACAAAGAAUGGAGAAAGCAGCUCAUUCCGAUAUGCUCAUUGAACUUUAUGACAUACUUGAAAGUUAUUAUGUGGGUCUCACAAAUGACAAAGCCAAUGCAUUCAUUGUCUAUGGAGAUUCUCAGACAUUGACCUGGCUGAGAACUGUUAUAUUUCUACGAGAUCCUGGAAAUAAGGAAAGCACAUCAUUUAGAAAGGUGUGGAUCAUGACAACACAAAUUGAUUUUGUAUUAUUGAGUUAUCAAAAGGUUUGGGGUCUUGAGCUCUUUCAAGGUGCCAUUUCCUUCACCAUUCACUCAAAAGAGCUUCUCAAGUUCAAUGAAUUUCUUCAGAUCAUAAAACCUUACUGGAACCCAGCAGAUGGUUUUCUCAAGGACUUCUGGGAGCAAGCAUUUGACUGUAAAUUUCCAGAUCAGCUCAUGCAAGAUACUGAAACAUGUACAGGGGAGGAGAAGUUAGAGUGUCUGCCUGGGCAUCUGUUUGAAAUGGGCAUGACUGGCCACAGCUACAGUAUCUACAAUGCUGUCUUUGUUGUGGCUCAUGCUUUACAUGCUAUUUAUUCAUACAGAUCAAAGCACAGAGCAGGAGACAAAAGGUUUGAACUUCAAGAUCUGCAGCCUUGGCAGGUAACACGUAUUUUAAUAUUUUAAUAUUAUAAAAUUGUAUUUUCAUAUUUUGCUGGAAGCUGCCCAGAGUGGUUGGGAAACACAGCCAGGUGGAUGGGGUAUAAAUUAUUAUUAUUAUUAUUAUUAUUAUUAUUAUUAUUAUUAUUAUUCUGCAAGCAGUGAGCCAAUUUCUUCAAGACCAGAUAUCAAGUGAGUGUCCCCCUUUCCUGUAUAUUUAUUAUGUACAGAAUUUUUGCCAUCUAUUGCUGUGUUAUAACUUUUCCAUCUGCUAUAUGAAAACAGCUCAUUGUUUAGAAUUGGUCUUUAUUUAUUUUUCUUAUUUUUCCUUUUUCUCUUUGAAUCAGCUCCACUAUUUUCUGCAAGGCACUUUAUUUAACAACUCAGCAGGAGAAACAAUGUCCUUUAAUGAUAAAAGGGAAAUGGGAGGUGGAUUUGACAUCAGAAACAUGAUCACAUUCCCAAACAAGUCUUUCCUUCAAAUGAAAGUUGGACGAGUUGAUCCUUAUACUCUUGAAGGAGAAGCAUUUGUCAUUCAUGAAGAUUUGCUUGUAUGGCACAGAGGUUUUAAUGAGGUCUGCAUCCUUGGAAUCCUACUCGCUGUUCUUAUGACGUGUUCUUUAGAUGUCGGAAAUUACAUUUUGUUUAAAACUGUUGUUUCCAUCUGAUAUGGCCAAGGAAAAAUGUGGCUGCCUAGCACAUUCAAAAUUGAUACUGCUUAGAAAUGCCAAGGGGAAAAAACAGUGUCCAGUGGUACCUUGGAUUAAGAACGUAAUUUGUUCUGGAGGUCUGUUCUUAACCUGAAACUAUUCUUAAUCUGAGUUACCACUUUACCUAAUGGGGCCUCCCACUGCUGCUGCGCUGCUGCCAUGCGAUUUCUGUUCUCAUCCUGAAGCAAAGUUCUUAAACCGUGGUACUACUUCUGGUUAGCAGAGCCUGUAACCUGAAGUGUCUGUAACCUGAAGCAUCUGUAACCCGAGGUACCACUGUAUAACUAUAUCUUCCAUAUGCAUAAAGCAAAGCGUUGGAGUAUCUAAAUGAAAUUUUGAUGUAGACGCCUAUUAGGUAACUUCUUUUUAUAAUGUAUAGAGACAAAAACUCAGUAAUAGAACACAUACAGCUUGCCAAAGGUCCCAGGUUCAAUCAAUUGCAUCUCCAGGCAGGGGUAAAAUGAAGUCCUGGUGAGCUGUUUUCAAUUGUUUUGCAGCAUUUUGCAGAACAAAGUUUGCAUUUUGUUGAGCCCUAAAACUGUGUGGGUGACCUGCCAAACUGAGGGCCCUACAAGUCACCCCCAAUCAACUAAUACAAUAUUUUGGCACAGGUUUGGUGUGAAUUGAACAAUAUUGGAAUUGGGGUGACCACUAUAGCACCAUGUUGGGGAAGUCAGACACUAUUUGGGGAAACCUCGGAAUGUGGGGUUUUUUCAUAAUUGCAAAGUUUGUAAUAGGUUUGGAGGGGAUCCCAAACAAUGUGACCCAUAGUUAACGCAGCUGCAUAAUGCAGUUUUUUUAUAUUAAACCUUUGUUUGCUGUGUAGUGAACUUCAUUAAGAGAAGUCAAAUAAGUGAUUAGUUUCUCUGAUCUCCUAAACUGCUUUUCUGCUAUGGAUAGGUGAUUCCCCUUUCUCUGUGUAAUGACCACUGCCACCCUGGGAAUCAGAAGAAAAAGAAAGAAGGGGAAAAGUUUUGCUGCUAUGGUUGUGCUCCAUGUACAGAAGGGGAAAUUUCAAACCAGGAUGGUGA